CCUCUUAACUUGAGCUAAUCUCCAAGGAUACAGGAUUUUUAUUUUGUUUCUUUAUAUAGUUAGAUUCUUCUGUUCACAUUCUUCCUUGGGUGGCCAUUGCUUUUCCUCUCAUGUUCUCUUCUCUACCCUUUUGUUUCCCUUCUCUCCUCAUUGCUUCUGUGAGGAGAAAAUAGCCUUCUGUUUUUUUUCUCUUUACGAUCAUUUACAUGCAAUUGUUUGCUUGUAAAAUGACCAAGUCAAAGCCUAAACCUUUCCUGUUUGAAGCAACAGUCUGAGGAGAUCUAAUGUUCUUGCUUCUCUUUCUGGACUGCCUCUAAGUCGAGGGAAGACUAAGAAAUAUCUCCAGUUUGGUUUCUUGGCAUUUAUUGCACAGGCAGUACUUUUAUUGUCUUACAAGCUUGGAUGGUUUGAUGAUGAAUUCAAAGGUUAAAGGGGAGUGUUCAAUGCCUGACAAGAAACAUGUUGGCGGUGCCAGUGAAGGCAGUGUGAAUCCUAAGGAGUGGGAAGUUAGGCCAGGAGGAAUGUUGGUUCAGAAGCGGGAUUGGAGUUCCAAUCAGAGUUCUGUUCCAAUUCCCACCAUUAGGGUCAGAGUGAAACAUGGCUCUACGUAUCAUGAAAUUCGUGUUAGUUCUCAAGCAAGCUUUGGGGAAUUGAAGAAGAUGCUGGCAGAUCAUACCGGAUUGCAUCCCUUGGAUCAGAAGCUGAUAUACAGAAAAAAGGAGAGAGAUUCAAAGGCAUUUUUAGAUGUUGCAAGAGUGAAAGAUGGAUCAAAAAUGGUGUUGGUUGAAGACAUUGCAAGCAAAGAGAGAAGGUGUCUUGAGAUGCUAAAAAUUGCUAAGAUGGAAAAGUCUUCCAAAUCUUUAUUACAAAUUGGCUUGGAAGUAGACAAAUUUGCUGAGCAGGUUAAAGCUUUGGAGACAACAGUUACUAGAGGCAGCAAAGUUCAGCAGAUGGAUGUGGAUCAUUUGACUGGACUUUUGAUGACAAGUUUAGUUAAAUUGGAUGAACUGGCUGUCAUUGGAGACUUGAAAUCCCAAAAGACAAUUCUGGAAAGGAAAUUGCAAAAGCAGGUUGAAACUCUUGAUGCCAUGAAGUUGCCGAACACAAUGCCAAGAAGCAAAGGAGACAAAAUCCCAGUGAAGCAACAUGAGCAAUCAAUAGGGAAAGGGCCUAUAGCAGCACAAAAAGAGCAAACACAAGAGAAGCAGAAGAGUUUACUAGCGCAAAUGCCCAUGCUGCAGCAAACACAAAGGCAAUCUGAACAGUCAGUUGUCUUCACAACAAAAUGGGAAACUUUUGACUAACAUUGGUGGCAGAAAAUUCCAGUUUCAAUGCUGCUUUGAGAUGGCGAUUCCUUGAGUAAAUCCAUAUGAUGAGAGAUUAUACAGAUAGCUAGAAUGAUAUGGCUUUCUCUUCUUUGUUGGACAAUAAAAUUUGAUCUUAUCCUCACAAUGUCGGUUUGCAUCUUUCACUUUUGUCCUUGUUAGAGAAUUGGUUCUUUGCAAAUUGUACAUAGAAAAUGAGGAAAAGUGGGGGAAGAGCCUUGGGGGGGUUAGGGAUGGAGAUUGAAGGCUUUGUUAAAGCAGCUGUUCCAUGUUCUGUCUCCCUUUUCUGAGGAUUGGGACCACAAAAGCCAAUCGAUCUCACCCUUAAGUUCAAUAGCAAUUAAUGAGAAAUGAAUGAUCUUUCUGGCA